CAUUGAAAAUAGUUUCAAAGGUGAAAGGUGAUUGGAGGAACGCUUUACCCCCCCAAGGUGCACAGGCUAUAUAGAAGACUCCGCAAGGAAUUUCAUCUUCAGAACUGAGAGACAGUGUCACGGUUAUCUACCCGGAAAUAUUGAUAAAUAUGCAGUACAAUCAGUUUGUAUCCCUCUGUCUUGUGGCCCUUGUUCUCGGACAAGUAUCCGCGUUGCCACAGCAUCCACAGUACCAACUACAGUACCCGCAACAAUAUCAGCAGGUCAGAGAUGACAGGAAAUUUGCUGAAAAGCCGAAUGCGAUGAAAAAAGUCGCACUCGAUGACCUCGAGGACGUCAGCACCAAUCAAAUUCAGGAAGGCGGUAGCAGUGGAUUCUCCUGGUCCAACAUGCUGGGCAUGGUAAUGCAAAUGUUACUCGGUCAAACCGGCGGUAAUGUGGGACCAAGUAAAAAUGACAUUGACGAUGGUGGAGUUCCCCCCAGCCCUUGGGCUCAGAUGCUAUCGGUUGGCCUUCGCGUUUUGACUGCCCUUCUCGGUGGUCCUCAACAGCAGGCUGAUGGAAUUGACAAAGUUGACAAUCAGAGCAGCCCACUGCAGGGAAUAUUGACAGCGGUGCUGGGCGCAUUUCUUGGACAGGGGCGAGAUCCUGAUCAGGUGGCAGUCAUGGCAAAACAAGCCUCCGAGUUCAUUGGCAUCGUCAUGAAUCUCUUGGAUGCCCUCAAGACGUCAUUCUCCCACCGUUCUCUCUCUGCUAGAUCCAUUGGGAAGAGAGAUACUGUUUCCGAAGCCGCUGUAGCGUCAAUCUCUAUGCUCAAGGGAUACGUGCGAUCUAUGAAAUCUUUCAGUGGAGUUGGACGUGCCGAAGAUGAGGGACAACGUGGAUGUGCCGAACGUGCUCUUUGCGAAGCUAGUGCCGAAUGUACCGCAGAUUCUCAAGGAACAUCAUCCAUCUUCUGUCAAUUGGGAUCAUACGCAACCAGUUACUUACUUCAAAGGCAGAGCGGAGUUGGAUUCGAAGCUUUGUACGAAGCUGGUCGACGCGGUCGGUCGGGUGAAGAUUGCAGAACACUCUUCCUGGAUUGCAACGCGGUUUAAAUACUAUAUUUUAGUUGAAAAAUGAACAUUUUUUAAACUUUUAUCAAGAACUCGCAUCACUUUUUUAUCGCGAUGGAAAUUAGACCCGAGUUUAAAUUGGCAAUGAGUUUACAUGUGGACGUACGUACGUACUGACGAGAGGAGUGGUUCUACAAAUAUAAUACCGUGAAGAUAGAUAGAUUUAAAAAUAUGAAUCAUUAAUAGCACCAAAAAUAUUUAUUUUGCACAAUAAUCGCCUAUAUUUUCAUUACGUGAUAUACGACGAUUGAAAAUUACAACUUUCUCAACUGUUCUGAUUGCACGAUCAAGGUUCACGAUACCGUCCACAAAACAGACCUUUGAAAACUAGAACAAAACAGCUGUACUCCAAUGCACAGUGUCGUUAAACAUUGAAACAAAACAAUUGUUCAUACAAAAAAAAAAAAUGUUUAUAGGUCUAAUCGAUGAAGAGAAGAAGCCGAAAAUUAAUUCAACAUUUUUUUUUCACUAUAGAAAAAACAUUUUUCGUAGGAGUAGACUGAACAAAGACUUGAAACUUAGAUAAACUCAAUCAAUUGAAUUCAUCUAAGUAUCAAUGCGACUGUAAUAUUUAUUAUAUUUAUUGCGAAUCGACGUACAGGUAAAUUUACUUGUAUUGACGAACUGCUCGAACGAUUAACUACGCAGUUUUAUAGAUGUUCUUCCGAGCAAUUAUAAGCAUGAUUAAGUAAAUCUCUGAAUACGCGAAAUUUCUAUCACAAUUCUUCUGAAAAAUCUAUCCCCCCCCCGAUAGAAUCUUUCAAGUUUUGAUUAAUAUUCAUGGGAGGCAGAGUUUUAAGAUUUUUAGUGUUGUAAGAAUCAUUUAUUGUCUUGAGAUAUGGAAAAUUAUAGCGCUAGACAUUGAGAUUGAUUCGAACGAUCGAUCGAAGUAAUUGAGAACAUUAGAAAUGAAUCUCUGCACACAAUACCUCCAGAUUUAUUUAUAUGAGGUCAUAUCUCAGGUUAUUUUUCAAAAUUUUGUAUUGUAUAUAUUUGUAUGCAGGGUCAUUUUUUGCAGCUAUUACGAAUUCAAGAUAUGGAAAAAAAUCUAAUGAUUUUAAUAAUAAUGUGAUUAUUCUUUCCCUUGGAUCAGUGAUUGUUAUAGGCUUUAAUUACUAGUUGAACAAACAAUAAUAAAAAAUACCCUCAUGAAAAUAUGAAAUAUAUACAAUUUACAAUCAUACGAAAUCACAUAUUUCAAACAUGCGAUAUGAGGUAAAUUAUAGCCCUGAACGCGCUGGUGUUUCGUAGUUACUAGACUUUAUGUAUGUAUUUAGUUGUAUGUAUGCGCCGAAUGAUUGUACGAUAAACGUUAAUAAAAUAUCUUAUUUGAAAUAACAUA